CAACACACCAUUGUCAUCACAAUCACAUCACAAUGACUCACGCCACCAUGGCGCCUAUCAACAACCACUGCGCUGUCUGCUCUGAGCCUGGCAAACUCUGUGGCAGUUGCGAGAACAUCUAUUACUGCGGUCCCGUCUGUCAGAAGGACGAUUGGAAAGUUCACAAGCUUUUGUGCCGCUCCUUCAAGGCCGCUCGCGAACCUCCUGGUCCGAACAUGAUGCGCGUUAUUACUUUCCCCUUCGAAGCCUCCAAGCCUGAAUUUCGCUGGAUGCCCAUCAGACCCGGAAAAGUACAGUGCCCAGUCGUCGGCAAUUACUUCGACCCUAGCUUCGGCUCCACGAAGCACGCCCAGACUAACGCCAUGGGCUUUCCUCAAGACCCAAAGACUGGCAAGAAGCUUGCUCUCAGAAUCACCGUUCGAGUUCGCGACACUUCCAUGUUCGACGGCGCAUCGCUGAACAGAGCUGUUAACCAUCUGUGUGAUGGUACCACUCAUCAGCUGUUCAAGGGACCAGCUCUCGCCUAUGGUACUGGAGUCGGAAGCGAGGACGGUAAGCAUGUCAACCUUGACACUACACACCUAAACGUCCUCAAGGACUGGCUCGUCAUUGGUUUCUGCGUCAACAAGAACCAAGAGGCCUAUCUGGCAAGAUACAACGAGGAGAACACGAUGUUCGGCUCCGGUAUCCCUAAAGACUGCGCCAACGAGAUGAGCACCGAAUUGCGCAAGAAAGGCGAGAAUCCCCCAACCUUCCAUCCUCAAGACUUUGACACACCUGAGUUCCUCCAGUGGUACGAGGAUCUGGAGCAAUUCAAGCAGAAGUGGGUUGCGAAGAAGCAAGCCGAACAGGUUGCCAACGGCAUUCGCGUGCCUGUCAAGUUUCCUCAUCCCAUUGGUGAGGAGGAGUUAGCUUGGAGAACUGAGAUGAGGAUGAGCGGACGCGUGUUGAACCAUGAUAUCAUGAUGCACAUUAUGAAAGAUUCGGCAGCCAGGAUCUGUGGUGCUGUACGUGAUCGUUAAUCAAUGGACCAACAAACGAUGUCAGCCGGCAAACCCCAACUUCAUCACGUCAAUGUCGACAUGGAAAUUCGAAUGGCUUCAGAAUUGGGGGAACCUUGACAGGGAAAACGAGGUCCAGGCAUCUCUAAUCACAAGACAAGAUCAAAUUGACAAGCCGUUACAACAGGCUAGGGAGGCUCAUAUGGAAGACUCUCAAGCAGUACUUUGAUUUUGAGCUUGACAUACAUAAACAGAAAGGACA